AGAGAGAGAGAGAGAGAGAGAGUAUACGUGUUUUAGAGGGGAGAUAAUGAAAUACCGAACCAGAUAAUGUUGAAUUAAAACUAAUCCAAAUCUCAAACCUAAUCCAGAUUCAAACUUAGUCCAACAUUUUUUUUUGCAUAAGUUCACUGAUAUUCACUACUACACAAACACUGCUCUCUCUCUAAUCGUCUCUUCACCCCAAAAAUUCGCCUCUUCUCUCUCUCUCUGCACGCAAAGUUUCGAAGAUGGCAGCAGUGAACGCUGCCCGUACUGUCAUUGGCGUUAUUGGAAACGUCACCUCUUUCUUCCUGUUUGCCUCGCCAAUACUAACAAUUGUUAGAAUUGUCAAGAAUAAAUCAGUGGAGGAGUUCGAGCCAGACCCGUACAUUGCAGCCGUGAUGAACUGUAUAUGCUGGGUUUACUAUGCUCUUCCUUUUAUUCAUCCUGACAGCAUGCUCGUGCUCUCCAUUAAUAGCGUUGGGCUUGCAUUGGAGUUGGGUUAUCUCGUUAUAUUCCUCAUAUACACCAACAACAAUAAGCAAAGGUUGAAGAUCAUUGUUUGUCUUGGUAUUGAGGCAGUGAUCACUGGCGUUAUUGCCGCUAUUUCGCUUACAAAAUUCCACACCCAUGCGAGUAGAUCCAUAUUUGUGGGCAUUUUCAGCGUUAUCUUUGGAGUGAUACUGUACUCUUCCCCUCUUACCAUCAUGAGAAAGGUUAUCCAGACAAAGAGCGUGGAAUUUAUGCCCUUUUGGCUCUCUGUGGCCGCUUUCUCCAAUGGCCUUAUCUGGACGAUAUAUGCUAGCCUAAAGUUUGAUCCCUUCAUCAUGACUGGCAAUAGUCUGGGAGCAUUACUCGGUGCCGCACAGCUCAUUCUAUACUGGUACUACCACAAGUCAACUCCAAAGGCUGAUCAGAAGAAGCCAUGUGAGGUGCAGCUACCGGCGAUGUAAUCACUCCCUUUCCGCUCAUUGUGUGGUCAGAAUUUGUUUGAGCACACAGGCAAUUUUUCAGCAUUCUGACUUAGUUUUUAUGUUGGUUUUGGAUUUGGGUAAUAUUUCCAAUUUGGAUACUUUGAAUUUGUAGAUAUAACAUGCUUACAUAUCUUUGUUUAAUCAUGUUGUUCAUUCAUGUGAUGUUUAGAUGUUUGUCUCCUCUUGUGAUUGGAAAAUCAGCAAAUAUGCCAGCAUAUUCGGUUGGAAACUUAGGAUUGAGUUUUGAUACUGAUAAAGAGUGGAAUAUCAGUGCCCUCCAAUUUUUAUUUUUUUAUUUUUUUUUUCUACUUUUAUUUAUUUCAUUGUCAGAAUCAGACCUACCAUUUUAUAGAAUUUGUCU